AUGGCGCCCUUGAGGGUCUGGGGGCUGCUUCUCGUCAGCCUCGGGUCAUUCGCUCGUGCUGCGGAUAAGGAUGAGGAUACCACCUCGUCCGGAUCUUCGUCCUCAUCCUCUGAGGAGUCUGGCAUUAUCAUCCUCACGGGCACUCAUACGAUACCUCCAGACAGGCCCACGCCCUCGUUUGAUUCGAGCACUAUCACUCUCGCCACAACCACUCUAACUGGAUCCGACCUGGAUACCACCACUGAUAAUGCCACAGAGUCGGAGUCUGGGUCUGGAACUGUCACCUUCCUCACCGGAUCCAUCACAGGAACGGUUUCGGGCACAGCAACGCGCCCUGGCAACUUCUCUGUCACCCCGUCAUCAACUUCCACGGCCCCAACUGUGGUCAACACCCAGCCCUGCAACAACUAUGUAGAGUUGUGCGACCGCAAAUACAGCAACAUCACCAUGGUGGGAUGCCACAACUCGCCCUUCGUGAGGCCUGGAAACCUCGCCUCCAACCAGGCCUUGGAUGUGACGCAGCAGCUCAACGAUGGUGUGAGGUUUCUCCAGGGUCAGAUGCACUGGAAUGCCAACGACAGCGUCCCCCACUUCUGCCAUACCACGUGCGACAUCUUCGACGGAGGCCCCAUCACAGACUGGCUCACGAAAGUCAAGAACUGGGUCGCUGCCAACCGUUUUGACGUUGUUACAGUCCUGCUCGAGAACGGCAAUUACUCGACGCCGGACUUGUACGUGGACCACAUCAACUCGACGGGCAUCCUGGACUACGUUUAUACUCCGCCCUACCAGCCCAUGAACUUGACCACCUGGCCCACCCUGGCCGAGAUGAUCAUCUUCAACACCCGCGUGGUCCUUCUGUUGGAUUAUAUGGCCAACCAGACGGCCUACCCGUGGUGGAUUGAUCAGUUCAGCAACAUGUGGGAGACUCCCUUCGACCCGGUGGACCAGAACUUCCCCUGCGUCUCUCAGCGGCCUGACAACCUGCCCCUUGAGCAAGCCAAGAAUAUGAUGUACCUCACCAACCACAACCUCAACGCGGAAGUGUCCAUAUUGGGCCAAUCAAUCCUUGUUCCGGACGUGUCCCAGCUCAAUCUGACCAACAACUACACCGGCUUCGGCAGUCUCGGCCUCGCCGCCAACAACUGCCGUUCCACGUACGAUCGGCCGCCCACUGUGCUGAACGUGGAUUACUACAACUUUGGUGGCGCAGAGGACUCUGGCGCCGUCUUCCAGGUCGCGGCGGCCAUGAACAACGUCACGUACCGCGGCGGCUGCUGCGGCAAGGCCUCUACGAGCGACUCGCCGCAGGGACCGGGGCCCAUGUUUUGGUACGAGGCGAGGAAGAACGACCGGCGGUCCGUGGCGGUGUUCAUGCUCGCCUGGGUCACCUGGAUGCUGCUGGUCUGGUAG